GUCGUCAUCGGCGGCGGCUGGGCCGGCUUCGGCGCGACGUGGCAGCUCCUCAAGCACGGCUUCGACGUCGCGCUCCUCGACGCGUCGCCGAACCCGGGCGGGCUGUCUCGAGGGUGGCGCACGAGUCGCGGCCGCGCGGUCGAGGCUGGGUGCAAAGGAUUCUGGCGCCACUACCGCAACAUCGACGCGCUCGUCGACGAGCUCGGCAUCGCGCCGUUCACGCCGUACACCAGCAGCGCGUUCUACUCCCCGCGCGGUAAGGAGGUGGAGGCGCCGGUGCUCGGGUCGCUGCCGCGGCUGCCGACGCCGCUCGGGACGCUGCUGUACACGUCGCCGUAUUUUUCUAACCUCUCCUUCGAGGACAGGGCGAGCGCGGCGCCGCUCGCGUUGGAUCUCCUGACGUAUGAUCUCGACGAGAAGACGUAUAUGUCGUACGACGCGCGCACCGCGAAGGACGUGUUCUUGGGGAAGUGUAACGGCCGUGAUGGGACCGUUUUGCCCCUCGGCGCCGGCUGCAGCGAGGCGUUAUACGACACGUUUUUAUCCCCGGUGUUGUGCGCGCUCAUGUUCGCGCCGCCGAGCGAACUGAGGCGCGUUCUAUACAGCAAACACUGCGCCGCCGCGGCGCUCGACGUCCUGUACGGGUACGUGUUAGCGCACCAAGACGACUUCGACGUGCGCUGGUGUAAGGGGACGAUCGCGGAGGAGAUUUUCGCGCCGUGGAAGCGAGAGAUCGAGAAGGUUGGGGGCGAAGUCUUCGGGGGGCGCCGCGUCGCGCGAGUCGAGCUCGCGACGGGAGAAAGCAACAAAAGGAGAUCGCGCGUCGUCGCGACGACGCGCGACGGCGACGUCGUCGAGGAGGAGACGCACGAGGCGGACGUGGUCGUCAUGGCGACGGGCGUCGGCGCCGCGCGAGGGAUCAUCGCGUCGUCGCCGGAUCUGAGAGACGCGGCGGGAUUGCGAGGCUUUCUCGCGGAUCCGGAUCCGGAUUCUGAUGAUCCAGAUUCUUCGGGGAUCGCGUCGACGAGCGUGAUCGCGGUUCGGUUGUUCCUGGACGUCGCCGUGACGCUGCCGUGCAAGUCGAACGUCUGGGGCGGGUUCACGCUCGGGGCGUCGAGGGGAUCGAAAAACGGAGGCGUGGAAGGCGUUACGGAUACGGUCGGCACGGAGGACGUCGCCGGGACGUUUUUCGAUCUGUGCGCGUUACACGACGAGUACCGCGACUUGAAAAAAGCGUCGUCGGACGCGUCGGACGACGUUCGGUCGGUCAUCGAGGUGGACAUGUACAACGCCGGCAGCGUGAUCGACCUCGACGACGAAACGCUCGUGGAGAUGGCGUUACGCGAUAUCCUCACCGCGUGCGUCCGCGACGUCGCGCCGGAGAUUCAAGACGCCGUCGUCGUGGACUCGAGCGUCCUCCGGUUUAAAGACGGCGUCACGAAAUUCGCGCCGGGCUCCGCGGUGGCGCUUCCGCGGACGACGCCGGCGGGGUUGGAGCGCGCGAUGUUCUACGUCGCGGGCGAUCACGUGUGGCAGGGCCCCGGGAGCCACGGCGCGCGAGGGUUGAGCCAGGAGAAGGCGCUCGUGAGCGGGAUGGCCGCCGCGGACGCG